AUGGGUACCCCUUCUCCUUCUGGUGAGCUCCAUGGGAAUGUAUCCAAUGGAUCAGCUUGUGAAAUCCAGAAUGGCUUCCUGGAUGAGACCCUACCAGUGAUGUACUCCUUCAUCUCCAUCAUUGGUUUCUUCAGUAAUGCGCUGGCCCUCUGGGUAUUCUGUUUUGGUACCCAGAAGAUGAACUCCAUCACUGUGUACAUGAAGAGCCUUGCUAUCUCAGACCUCCUGCUGGCCUUUUGCCUGUUCUUCCGGGCGGCUUAUCAAAACCAGAGCGGCCCCCAUAUCCUCUGCAAACUGGUGGGCAUCGUCUUCUACCUCACCAUGUACGUCAGCAUCUUCCUCCUCAGUCUGAUCAGCCUGGAUCGCUACCUGAAGAUCAUCAGACCCCUGCAACAGUUCCGGAUCCAUUCCGUGCCGCACAGCACCGCUGCGUCGUGUGGCGUGUGGCUCUUCUGUACCAGCACCAUGCUGCCCUUCUUUUUCGAUAACGGCAAGGGGGAUUCCUGCAGCCACAAAUGCUUCCAUUUCAAGAAGAGAAGCACCCUGGGGGCUGCACUCAACAUGACUGCGGUGGCCACAUUCUUUGGCUUACUGGGAUUUUUCCUCUACUCCUACGGCAAAAUCUCCCUUAAACUCCGCAUGGUCUCCUUAAGGAAAACUCAGCAGAGGAGUAAGAGGAUGAACAGCAGAGCUAUUAUGAAGACCUUUGUGGUCCUGGUCAUCUUCCUCAUAUGCUUCGCCCCCUACCACGUGGUCCGGGUGCCCUACAUUCUGGCUCAGGUGGGGGUCAUCUCUGAUCUGUGGAACAUACAGGCCCUCCACAUGGCUAAUGAGCUCGUCCUUUGCAUCUCUGCCCUCAACUGCUGCUUUGACCCUGUGAUUUUCUUCUUCUUGUCCAGCAGUUUCAAAAGAACCCUUCUGGCAGCCACCCAUGGAAAGCUGAAAGGCGCACUCCAGAAAAACCAGGGAGACCUUAGGAAAUCCAUCACAGACUCUAGGAUCCAGGGGAGCUGAAGCUUGGGAUGGUCUUCCGGGUGUCAGACAGGCUAUGAAAGACAGGCCGUGAAGAAGACAGGC